AUGGCAAACAACAAAACAUUAUGUUUUACAUGCAAGAAAGAAAAAAUAACAUAUCCUUGUGAAGGAUGUUCACAAAGAUUUUGUUUUACUGAUUUAGCAGACCAUAAACAAUUAUUAAAUGAUGAACUAAAUCGUAUUAUUAAUAAUUAUGAUGAAUUUAAACAAACAAUUCAUGAACAAAAACAAAAUCCACAUCAUCAUUCAUUAAUAAAACAAAUUAAUCAAUGGGAAACAACUUCAAUUGAAAAGAUUCAACAAAAAGCACAAAAAUGCAGAAAAAUUGUUAUUAGCUCUUUACAAACAUGUAUUAAUGAUAUCGAAUUGAAAUUUCACGAUUUAAGUAAACAAAUAAAACAAAUUCAUAAAGAAGACGAAUUCAAUGAAAUAAAUUUAAAUCAUUUAACAAGCCAACUGAGAAAAAUUACAGAAGAAUUUAAUAAUCCAUCAAAUAUGUAUAUUCAACAAGAUUCACAAUCAUUUAUUAAUGAAAUUUCAGUAAUUUCAUCAAAAAAACCAAAAUCCAACAAAUGGAGACAAAAUGCCAUCACUGUGGCUGGUGGAAAGGGAGAAGGAGACGAAUUAAAUCAACUCAAUGGCCCUCUUGGAGUCUUUAUUGAUAAGAAGAAAAAUAUUUUCAUUGCUGAUUAUUAUAACCAUCGUAUUGUUGAAUGGAAACAUGAUGCAAAGAAAGGACAAAUCAUUGCAGGUGGAAAUGGCAAAGGAGAUCGCAUAGAUCAAUUGGAUCGACCAACAGAUGUGAUUAUUGAUCGACAAAAUCAUUCCAUCAUCAUUGCUGAUCGUGAUAAUAGACGAGUGAUUCAAUGGAUGAAUGAAAAGCAAAAAAUUCUCAUUCAUAAUAUUGACUGUUCUCGUUUGGCAAUAGAUAAACAUGGAUUUCUUUAUGUUAAUGAUUAUAUGAACAAUGAAGUAAGACGAUGGAAAAUGGAUGAAUACAACUACGAAGGAAUUGUAGUUGCAGGUGGGAAUGGAGAAGGAAACCAACUUAAUCAACUCAAUUGUCCUACUUAUAUCUUUGUUGAUGAAGAUCAAUCUGUUUAUGUAACAGAUAGAAAUAAUGAUCGUGUGAUGAAAUGGAGAAAAGAUGCAAAAGAAGGAAUAGUUGUGGCUGGAGGAAAUGGUCAAGGAAGAAAUCUCAAUCAACUGUCUUAUCCUCAAGGAAUAGUUGUUGAUGAUUUGGGUCAAAUCUAUGUGGCAGAUAGGGGGAAUGACCGAAUAAUGCGUUGGUGUGAAGGAAAAGAAGCAGGUGAAGUUGUUGUUGGUGGAAAUGGUGAAGGGAAUCAAUCGAAUCAAUUGUAUAGUCCCCAUGGUCUAUCUUUUGAUGAUGAAAGAAAUAUUUAUGUUGCUGAUUGGGGAAAUGAUCGAAUUCAAAAAUUUGAAAUAAUCUGA